GGGUUCUAAAAUUCUCAAAAAGUAGAGCUAAGGGUUUAAAUUCAUGUUUUUAGUAAAAAGUCCAGGGUUUUAUUUGACCGAUUUGCCCCUCAUACAUAUUUAGUGACCUAAAAUUCUCUUCUUUCUCCGAAGCUUUUCGCCGGAGAUGGAUGAUGCAGUGGAAGCAGUGGAGAAGAUCUUGAACUACAGUUUCGUAAACAAGACUCUUCUCAAGGCAGCCUUACCUCAAACGUUCCCUGAAGGUUUUGCUGAAGAAUCAUCUAUUCUAUACAACCGGCUUGAGUUUCUCGGCGACUCCGUUCUCGAGGUCGCCUUCACUAAUUACAUCUACCACGCUUACCCUAAUCUCAAACUCAAUGAGUUACGUGACUUGCGAAUUGCAAAUGUAAGUAACGAGAAGCUCGCUCGUGCCGCCGUCAAACACAACCUCCACCGAUACGCCAUACACGAGAAAUGUUCUACUACAGGUGAAAAGUUUAUAGAGGCAGUGAGCAGAGAAGGUGAUCGUGUUCUGUAUAGUGAAUUGGUGAAAGCACCAAAAGAGUUUGCUAAUCUUGUAGAGUCAAUAGCUGGAGCUGUUUAUAUUGAUGUGAAUUAUGAUGUACAAAGACUUUGGGAGAUCUUCAGGGGGCUUUUGGAGCCAAUAUAUACACCGGAUGAUUUACGGCUGCAACUUAAACCAUCAUCUCUUGCACUCUUUCGUUUGGCUGAUGAACACGGCAAGCGAAUCGAUUUCAGGUAUUGGAAAGAUGUCGGCAGAGACAAACAUGUUGCUGAGGUAUAUCUUGAUGAUUUAUUUAUAGCUGCUGCGCGUGCUAGAAAUAUACAUAGUGCGAAGCUGCUUGCUGCUGCGGGAGUGUUACAGAAGCUGUCAGAUUGUCUUCCCAUUGGCAACAUUAUUGAUGAGGAUAAUCCCUUAACCGAGGAAAUGACAGAAGAAGAAAUAGUUUUUUAUGAGGAUAGUCCACAUGUAGAACCUGAAAAUGUGAAAGGGAUGUCGUUUGAGAUUUGCUCCACUGAAAAUCUCCAAUUACAGACUGAGUUAUCUUCUUUUCCUUCCACCUUUGAGAACCCGUUAACCGAUGAAAUGGAAAAAGAGCAAAUGGUUAUUGAUGAGGAUAGUCCACAUGAUGAACCUGAGGAUGUGAAAGGGAAGUUGUUUGAGAUUUGUGCCAAGAAUAAGUGGCCGAUGCCAAUUUUCAGUUUUGAAGAAGAAAGAGGGCCAAAAAAUGAGCAGAGAUUUGUCUGUUCUGUGAAGAUUGAGAUCCCAACUAUAGAAGGUUCCUUUCACAUGAAAGGAGAUGUAAAACCAACGAAAAAGCUAGCAGAAAAUUCCUCAGCGAAUCACAUGAUAAAAGCCUUGGAAUCUUCUAUGAUGAGUCUAGUCAUAGGUAAUCUGCAAAUGCCGAAAAGUCUAGAUGAGAAGAAGAAGAAUCUGCAAAUGCAAGAAACUUUAGAUGAACACAAGAAUCUGCGUUCAAAGAAGAGGAGAACUACUUAUGAAAUGACGCCAAAUAAAAUGGUUACUGGUGAGGAUAGUCUAGGUCUUGAACCUGAAGAUGUGAAAGGGCAGUCGAUUGAGAUUUGCUCCACGGAUAAGCUCCAAACACAGACUGGAUCAUCUUCUUUUCUAACCGCCUCUAAGAACCCCUUAAGCGAUGAAAUGACAGAAGAACAAAUAGUUAUGAAUGAGGAUAGUCCUCAUGUUGAACCUGCGGAUGUGAAAGGGAACUCGUUUGACAUUUGCUCUGCUAAAAAGCUCCAGCCACUGACUGGAUCAUCUUCGUUGCCUACUGCUGCUGAGAACCCGUCAACCUCUGAUAUGACAACAAAACAAAUGGUUGGUGAUAAGGAUAGUCUACAUGUUGAACCCGAAGAUGUGAAAGGGAAAUUGUAUGAGAUUUGCGCAAAGAAUAAUUGGCCGAACCCGGUUUUCAGUGUUGAAGAAGAAAGAGGGCCAGAAAAUGAGCAGAUUUUUGUCUGUUCAGUUAAGAUUGAGAUCCCAACUAUAGAAGGUUCUUUUCACAUGAAGGGAGAUGUAAAACCAACGAAAAAGCUAGCAGAAAAUUCAUCAGCGGAUCACAUGAUAAGAGCCUUGGAAUCUUCUAUGAUGAAUCUAGUUAUAGGUAAUCUGCAAAUGCCGAAAAGUUUAGAUGAGAAGAAGAAGAAUUUGCAAAUGCAAGAAAGUUUAGAUGAAAACAAGAGUCUGCAUUCAAAGAAGAGGAGAACUACUUAUGAAAUGACACCAAAUAAAAUGGUUACUUGUGAGGAUAGUUAAAGAUGUGAAAGGGAAGUCAACUGAGAUUUGCUCCGCGGAGAAGCUCCAGACACAGACUGGAUCAUCUUCUUUUCAAACCACCUCU